CGCAGUGACGGCUGUCAUUAAACAAGGUUGGUCUCCUCGUAGCGACGAGCUUCGGCGCCUCAAGCUCUUCCCACUUCCACUACCUCCUUCCGUCGGUGACGGCUUGUAUAACGUAUCUUGCUGCCUGCAUAUCACUCUCAUCCACUGCAGGUUGGCUGCGAUGAGUAGUAAGUCACCCAUUCUAGUCAAAUCUGCUCGGCCGGUGGGCUCCAGUCUUUCCGGAGGAUUCAUCUGGAGGAGAUGGAGGGCGAUGACUGCAGGCAGAAAGAGGCCGGAACGCGACACGUAUCCUGGCCUCCAGAUCGCACGGCUUCCCGAGGAACUUCUCGCGGAAGUCUUCUACUGGUACAUCCUAGACGUGUGCAUCGCUGCUGCACGUUGCUCAUAUUCCUCCAUCGCCCUCUCUGUCGAGGAAAGCUCUUACAAGCACCUCUUUUGUGCUCCCAAGCCAUAUUCUUGGAUCAUAAUUCGACAUGUGUGCCGCGUAUGGCGACAGGUAGCCUUGACAUACCCGAGGCUAUCCACACAUAUCUUCUUGACUCGACCAGAAUGCGUAGAAGACCUGUUAAGCCGAGCGGGGACGCUUCCACUACAUAUCUACGACCCCGGUUUCACCUAUGUACGCAAGAACUUGGAUUGCGUCGCGGCCUCAUGCAGGCGUGUGCAGACCCACAUCGACCGCAUCUCUCACGGCACUCUGAUUUUGGAGAAUAGCGCAGCGAAUGCCAACUGUCAAGCAUCAGUAUCUCCCGCUAAGAUUUGCAAGGCUCAGUCGCUUCGCAUACUCUUUCUGUCGGAGCUGUUCUCCGCUUCGAACACUCUCCCUCCCGAUCUCCAUUUUCCCGAGUUGCAGGACCUGUCCUGCUAUAAUUAUGCAAUCACUGCACUCCGUCCUAUGCUCACGGCGCUGCAGCUUCGAACUCUGAAACUCGCUCACUGCAACCCCAUUCCAGCGAGUGAUUUGAUCGCACUCCUGGGGCCUUUGCAAGCUCUGGAGGAACUCGUGUUGGACAUGGCGAUUCUCACGGAUGAAGACUGGCCUCAUCUCGACGGUAACGCUUCAACAGAGCUCCAGCACAAAAUUACUCUCCCCAAUCUGCGUGCCCUUCGCCUUACAGAUACAUGUGCCGCCACAGGGUUAUAUUUCCUCCAUCGUAUCGUCCGCCCUCCCACUACUUCUCUGCACCUUUCCUUCAUAUGGCUGAGCCAGGUUUCUCAUAUCAGCUGCGACUGCCUGAGCACUCUGGUCUUCAGAAUGGUCGACGACUGGAGCCACCUGGAAGCCUCACCAAUCCGGACCCUGCAGAUGAGCGGCUCAAGCGGAGCCUCAGACUACUUCAACCUGCGUUUGUGGCAAACCCGCCAGCCUGUCUCCCGCCCGGACCCCCCUGGCACGGGAUCCCCCUUCUUCCAGCUCAGCGCACAGUCGGGCCAGCGCGCGGUCUUCGCUGGUCUGCUGCGCCGGCUUCCGCUCGCGGGCGUCAAGUCUGCGCUCGUGCUGCAGUGGACCGUCGGCUGGAACGUCGUCGACUGGGAGACGCUCUUCGGCGCGAUGCCUGCGCUCGAAGAACUCGCGCUCUACUAUGAGCUCGUCGACACGAGCCGCUCGCCGCGCCAUGUCUUCGCGCCGCGCGACACGCGCGCGCUCUGCCCGCGGCUCAAGGUCCUCCAUGUGCACGAGUCGCACCCGAGGCACGCGCACUGCGGGCACCUCCACGUCCCUAUCGUCCCCGAGGACCUCCCGCCGGACUUUGUCACGCUCGCGCACUUCGGGCGCGGGUUCGCCCUGCGCGGCGAGCACGAGAAGCAAACUGGCGACGACCAGGACGCGCUUAUUGUGCACUUCAAUGGAGAUACCCGACCCCUCGAGGACCCUUCACCUCCAACUUCAAGGCGCCGGCGCUCGAUCUUCAGGAGACUGUUGAGUUUGAAGAGUCGUUCAUCUCGUUGACGACUGUUUAAGGCACGUCGAGCGAUUCUACGCAACUCGGAAGAACGAACACCUAUGACUGUCUAUUUUGACUACGAUCUGGUGGUGCACGGAGAUCUAGCAAAGGUGUGAUACUACCAACGACUUUCCUGGCGAUCCGCCGUAGACAUAGAAGUGUCCCAGCCUGUUGCAGUGUCUUGUAGUUGCUCCUAUGUGUUACGCUGAAAGGUCUAUGUGAUUUUAGCUGAGAGAAUUCAUUACUGCUUGUUCAGAUGGUACGCGGAA